CUGCACAUAGAUGAUCUGUCUACUGAACUUGCCUUGUCAAUGUUUCUUGCCCUUGAACAUUCAUCAGAAAAUGCAUAUACAAAGAUUCAGAGAGCCAUUCAGAAGACUUUCCCUGAUUGCAAACUCCCUAUGUUUCACCAGACAAGGUGCCUACUUGCCAAUCUCAGCAGAGUCAUGUCUGUAGUCAAAGAUAUGUGUAUUAACUCCUGUGCUGCCUUCAUAGGUCCACUCUCUGCUCUUGACACAGUGCUCUGA